UGAUUUUCGAUGAAAUCGAACUCACCGACCUGUGCCUAGCCGAGUGUUCCAUAAAAAACAUAAAUCAUAGUUUUCAGGUAAUCACGCCGUAUAGAUCAUUAGUGUUGUGCGCUGAAUCUCGUCGCGAAAUGGAGGAAUGGGUUAGUGCUUUACAUAAUGCGAGUAAACGACGUUAUUAUGAGAAUGAUCAACCUGAUUGUUUAUCGGGAUGUCAUCAUUGGUAUGCUACUUCACAUGCAAGACCAACAUAUUGCAAUGUUUGCAGAGACGCUCUUCAUGGUGUUACUAGCCACGGGCUUAGCUGUGAAGUGUGCAAAUGCAAAGUACACAAGAGAUGUGCUGCCAAAGCUAUUAAUAAUUGUAAAUGGACCACGUUAUCGUCGGUUGGAAAUGAAAUUAUCGAGGAUCCCGAUGGGAGCAUCACAAUGCCUCAUCAAUGGAUGGAAGGAAAUUUACCCGUUUCAGCGAGUUGUGGUGUUUGUCAUAAACCAUGUGGAUCCGUUUUAAAAUUGGUAGGUUGGAGAUGUCUCUGGUGUAGAACGACUGUACACGUCGAGUGCAGACCCCAUUUACCGAAAGCAUGCCCUCUUGGCCCAGCCAGGGUCAGCGUCGUUCCACCGACAGCGCUUCAUUCCAUUCAAGAUGAAGCCUGGGAGUGUGUAAGACCUCAAGCGUCUUCACCACUUCUAGUUUUCGUCAAUUCCAAAUCUGGUGAUAAUCAAGGUGUAAAAUUCCUGCGCCGAUUCAAACAAUUAUUAAAUCCAGCUCAGGUUUUCGACCUGAUAACAACGGGACCCAGGGUUGGCCUAAGGCUUUUCCGUCACUUCGAUCCAUUCCGCAUCUUAGUUUGUAGUGGGGACGGAUCCGUGGGAUGGGUUCUUUCCGAAAUCGAUAAAUUGGACAUGCACAAGCAAUGUCAGUUAGCAGUACUUCCAUUGGGCACAGGAAAUGAUUUAGCUAGAGUAUUAGGUUGGGGAUCUUCAUGCGAUGACGAUACUCAUUUACCACAACUUUUAGAAAAAUACGAAAGAGCAAGUACAAAAAUUUUAGAUCGUUGGAGUAUAAUGAUUCACGAGCGAACGAUAGCGAUGCCAAAAUUAUCUUUGGUUCCGGGUGUAAGCGAAGAAUUACACAGUCAAAUGUCUGAAUACGAAACGAAUCUAGUCGAUCAUUUGCAUAAAAUUCUCCAAUCGGAUGAAACAUCGGUCGUUUUAUCAUCCGCUAAGAGGUUGUGCGAAAUCGUAAAAGAGUUUGCAUCUCAAGUAUCCGAAAGUUCAUUGAUACGCGGCGACGAGCAAUUAAGUAAAAAAUGUGAUAUUUUACAACAAAAAUUAGAUUUACUCCUCCAAACGUUGACCAGCGAACAAAUAGACGCCACCAAAAUCGAAUUUGGCGACGAUGAGGACUCGAUAACGAAAUCAAACCAAAAGGAGGACACCGAGAGCGAGAUAUCUUACGACUCCAAAUUGAAAACUGAAAAGGACCUUAGCAACUUUAACUUUAGAAAGCAUCGAAGAACAUCGCGUUUCAUGGAGAGGGAAAAGGACGCGCUGAUUAUGCGAGCGAAUAGUUUAAAAAGGGCCAUUAGAAGUCUGGUGGAACACACGGAGAAAGCCGUCGACGCUCAGAAUCGAUUAAAAAACGAUGAAACUUCGAUUAAAAUCACUUUAGAUAGCAUGGAAAAAGAACAUCAAAAAAUGGACUCCUUGAAAGUUCUUUCAACAAUCGAUUCAGCAUCUAUUUCAGAUGUUAGUUCAACCACAAGUAAUAGUUCCAUUUUGACAACACGAUUAGUUAAUAUAUCUCCUAUACCAGAUGUUAGAAGAGAAUCAACAUGCGAAGAUUGCCCCGAUUUUCUUAAUGUACCUGCACCACCCGAUUUUGCUGAUAGUCGAAGACCUAGUCAAAUACAUUCAAUAUCCGAUACCAAUAAAACUGAUACCGAAAAGAUUCUCAUCGAAACUUGUAAUACAUUACAAUCAAUUCAAAAAGAUGAAACAACAGGCAACGAACGAAUUAUAUCGAUAACGGUCCACGCGACAGAUAAUCAAGAAUUAAUAGAAGAGCCGGAUAAACGACGUUAUUCGAAAGGGAUACGAAAAGAAGAAGUUGAAAUAGACGUUGUUAUUGAAGAAGAAGAAAAAAAUAAUGGCGACGAAGAUGAAAAAGAAUGUAGCAGUAUUAUUUCAGCGAUAUCAAACGAAGAAAUCAGCAUAGUUUCGGAAGUAGCUGGUGAUCAAAAAUCGUUUUGUCCUCGAAAAAAUAGUGAUGGUGAAGAUGUGAAUGGUCAUAUUGGGCACAUUGAUUCCCCGGAAACCGAUACUUAUCCAAAUUCGGAUGCUUUACAAGGAUGCGAAUCCUUAAUGGAUGAUAUUAGUUCAAUGUUGGGAAAUGAUUUAUGCGGAUAUGACAGCAUGGAAAAUACAUACACCGACGAUACCACUUUAUUUCAUAGCGAAUUUAGUGAGAGUAAAAUGGGAAAAGAACGAAGGAAGAGUAUGAAAAGGGAUUCUUUAGAACGAAAAAGACGAUGUUCCAGGAGUAACAUUGAAAACGAUGAGACCACCCAAUACGGCUUUGAAAACAGAGUUUUUAUGUCAGUUCAAAAUGUAGAUCAGCCGAAAUAUUGUAGUUUAGCCCAAUUUGUUGAAGGCAACGAUAUAGCUAGAAGAUCCUUCAAAAGAGGCCGACAAUCCAAGUUACAAAAAGUUACAACUGAAUCGACGUUACAUCGACAAAACACAUUAACUGAAGAGAGCGAGGGUAGUUUAAACGGGUCGCAAAUAAGUUUAAACGAGAAAAAAUGCGAGGAAAAAGAUGAUUUUCAUCAAUUUCCUCAAGUUUGCGUCAUCGUUGAACCACCUUCGCCGGAUUUAAACGAAACUAUUCGCCAGGAACGAAUGGAUAAGAUUAGCAUAGAAAUAGAAAUAGAAGAUACACCUUUCAGGAAAAAUGUGCAACUAUCAACGAGCGAUAUGACCAGUAACAAUAGUAGUAACUCGAAUCUCUUGGGAAUUGACAACGAACAUUUUUUGAGUUGCUCGCCGGCGGCAACCAGAAGAAUUUCCUGUUGUAGUAUGUUAAACGCUAAUGAAGCUGCCAUGGUUGCUGCUGCAGCAGCGGCCUCAGCGAGAGAGAAAAAGGAAGAUAAAGAGGGUAUUAAGGAAAAAGAAAAGAAGAAAUUGCCGAUUAUUAAUCCUUUAGUACGACUUCCAAGUUGGCCAAAUGUGAAUAGCGGAGCAGGUUUUAUCAGUAAAUGUCUUUUGGCCAAUGCAGACACACUUUGCGCGGCGGUAAGUCCCCUAAUAGAUCCCGAGGAGACGCUGAUGGAAGGAUUUUUUGAACGAUGCGUUAUGAACAAUUAUUUCGGGAUCGGAAUCGACGCGAAAAUCUCGCUAGAUUUCCAUCAUAAACGGGAAGAACACCCGGAAAAGUGUCGAUCGCGUGCGAAAAAUUACAUGUGGUACGGCGUUUUGGGCAGUAAACAAUGGUUUGUAAAAAGUUAUAAGAACCUUGAUCAAAGGGUGCAAUUAGAAUGCGAUGGGCAAAGAAUUCCUUUACCUAGUUUACAAGGGAUUGUGAUAUUAAAUAUUCCAAGUUUUAUGGGCGGUACAAAUUUUUGGGGUGGUACCAAAGAGGAUGAGAUCUUUUUAGCACCUUCGAUGGAUGAUAAAAUACUCGAAGUUGUGGCCGUUUUUGGUUCGGUGCAAAUGGCAGCUUCUAGAUUGAUUAAUUUGAGUCAUCACAGAAUCGCGCAGUGUCAAAGUGUACAAAUUAAUAUUUUAGGUGAUGAAGGUGUCCCAGUUCAAGUUGAUGGGGAAGCUUGGGUACAAACCCCUGGGAAUAUUCGAAUAAUCCAUAAAAAUCGUAUGCAAGUUUUAUGUAGAAACAAGGCUUUAGAGACAUCAUUAAAAAUUUGGGAGGAGAAACAAAGAGCGGCGAUUGGAACUCCUUGUAAACGGGGAUCGUUAUCGCACGAUAGGGGAAGAUCAAGUUUGACCCGACAAAGUAUGCCGGCUGCUCCAGAAAAAUCAUUUUUGGGGGUUAACAUCGAGAAGAUUCGUCAGCAUUCUUUUAGCGGCCACAUUCCAGUUCACGAGCGAUCCCCCCCAACUGUUAGUUUCGUUGAAAAACCGAUACCAAGUAACGAACCUGAAAUAUUAUUCACCGACGAAGAACAUUAUUUAUUAAUUAAUUUCAUCGAGUGUUCAACGACUUUAGUAAAAUGGAUUAAGUUAUUGGCGAUUAGUCACAAUUUAGAGGUUGAUUUGUACACUUUGGCCACAAAAACCGAUCAGGCUUUGGAGGAUAUUCAUCCGAAUGGAAAACUUCUUGCAGGACCAAGAUUGCGAAUUGAAUUCACAAAAUUAGUUGGAAUCGUAAGACAUCUUUACGAAGAAACAUGCGAAUUAUUACAUGUGAGAGGUGAGCGAUUGAGGUUGAGAGAAGAUUUAGAGAAUAAGUUAAGCGCUAGUUUAACUAAUAUGGAAUUGGAAUUAAGGAAAUGUGUUAUGUAUGAUACUGCAUCAGGGAGUUUAGCUUUCUUACAACAUAUUCCAGAACACCAUCAAAAACGAAGGAGUAUUUUUGGGUUGAAAUUCAGGAGUAAAAGUGUUUCGGGUCCCCAACAAACUCCAAAUAGUAAAUCAGCAAGAGACGUGGAUUCUUGGGGCACUAUGGAGGUUGCAACUUGGUUGGAAACGCUUCAACUUUCGGAAUACGUUGAUAGUUUUAUUAAGAACGAUAUAAGGGGGCGAGAGCUUUUAACUUUGGCUCGGAGAGAUUUAAAGGAAAUUGGGGUAACUAAAGUUGGCCACAUCAAGAGGAUCCUACAGGCAAUUAAAGAUUUAACUCAAGGAGUUUAAAUUAAAAUACGAUUUGAAGAGUUUUAAAAUUUUUGGAUUUCUCAGAAACUUUCCCCAUCCAUUUUUUUUUAACCCCAUUUCUCAGCAAUAAUAAUACGAUAUACAUAUAACAAGAAGAAGUACAAUAGCUUUAAAUUUCUUCUAUCAAAAAAUGAAUUAAUAAGAAGUGGUUCUUCCAUAUUUUAAUUAAUUCGAAACGAAAAUCGUUCUCCUGUUAACUGUGAUUGAUAAAAUCGCUUCUUUCCUUUUAUUUUGAAAAAAAUUAUGAAAUUAUGAAAGAAUUAAGUAAGGA